CAAUAGAAAUUGAGGUUUGGAGUCACUCUAUCGUUUCCUAUUUCUCUAGUCUUCUUUGGUUUUGCUCAAAGUGCCUUCCUUCUUUCCCUAUGCCUACGGCACGCGCAGGCUCGCUACUCUCUGGACCUAUGGGGAGGCGAAAGGGCCAGAAGUAGCAAGAUACGUUCACACGUGUUCCUUAUGUCUUGGUGGUGAGGAACGGAGAACCAGCUGUACAUGGGAUGAAGAUGCUAGGUGAUCACAUGUGGUCUGAUAACUUAUAUAUGACUAGUCAGUCCAGAGAGAUUCUGCAGUGUCCACUAAGAAAUCCAGUUGAUUUGUUUAAUUCUGGGAAUAUUGUGAAAAUAUGCGCUCCUAUGGUUAGAUAUUCAAAACUGUCUUUCAGAACUUUAGUCAGGAAAUACAACUGUGAUUUAUGCUACACUCCAAUGAUAGUUGCAGCUGAUUUUGUCAGAUCUGUGAAGGCUAGACACAGUGAAUUUACAACUAAUCAAGGUGAUCACCCUCUGAUUGUUCAGUUUGCUGCUAAAGAAGCACAGGUUUUAGCAGAUGCUGCGUGUAUCGUCAGUCCUUUUGCAGAUGGCAUAGACCUAAAUUGUGGCUGUCCACAGAGAUGGGCUAUGGCAGAAGGUUAUGGUGCUUGCUUAAUAAACAAACCAGAACUGGUGCAAGAGAUGGUGAGACUAGUAAGAAAUCAAGUGGAAAACCCCAUGUUUACAGUGUCAAUUAAGAUAAGGAUUCAUGAUGACCUAAAGAGAACUGUAGACCUCUGUCAAAAAGCAGAAGCAGCUGGAAUAUCCUGGAUUACUGUCCAUGGGAGAAAUGUAGAGGAAAGACACCAGCCAGUACACUAUGAUGCAAUUAAAAUAAUUAAACAAAGUAUGUCUAUACCAGUUGUAGCCAACGGGGAUGUGAAAUCUUUAAAAGAUGUGGAGGACAUUCAUCAAAUAACAGGAACAAAUGGUAUCAAAGACAAGAUGACGUUUCAGUGGACCGCAGUUGCAGUCUUUCUAUAUACUGAAAUAGCAAUAUUACUGUUACUCUGCAUACCAGUUAUUUCUCCUCUAAGAUGGCGGAAGAUUUUUAUGAUUUCUAUAUGGAAUAAAAUAACAAACUGUUGGAACAAGGCGUUCCUUACUAUUAUAAUUCUAUUAAUUGUUUUAUUUCUUGAUGCAGUAAGAGAAGUUAGGAAGUAUUCAAAUGUCCAGUUAGGUGAAAAAACUACACAUUCAAGUACCAAUGCAUUUGAUCACAUUCAAAUGAAACUUUUUAGAUCACAACGAAAUCUUUAUAUCUCAGGAUUCUCCCUUUUUCUUUGGCUUGUACUGAGACGUACCAUUUCUCUUAUUACUUUGUUGGCAAAAGAGAUGGGAACCCAGGUAACCCUGCAAAUGGAAGUAUCCAACACCAGUGAAGUUGCCAGGAAAUGCUUAGAAGAGAAUGAAAAACUGCAACAACAGUCACUCAAGAGGAAAAAAAGUGGUAACACUGAAGAAUUGUCUGACGUAACAAAUAAAAAACUAAAGCAAGAAGUAGAAAAUCUGAAAGCAGAAUUAAAGAAAAGUUCAAAUGCUCUCAACAAGACAACGAAAGAAAUGAGUGCAGUUAAAAAGCAGUGUGAAGACCUUAAGAAAGAAUAUGAUAACCUUACUAAGGAACAUGAAAAGCUGCGGAGCUGUGUAAAUGAGAAAGAUGAUAAGAAAACCCUAUAAACCCUGUACAAGGACACAGGCUUUUAAUAAACCUGCAUCAAUGUGGAUUGUCUCUUGUUCCUAUCUUUACCCUCUAGAGCUCUAUGAAACAAGAAUUAUUUUCUUUCCAGGGAAACGCACUGUACUCAUUCUGUAGAGAGUUGUUGGUCACCAAACAUCUUUUAUUGUGCAAUGAAAAUAGUGACCAGAACCCAAAGAUCUACUGCAAUUGUGCAUAAUACCCAGUAAAAUUGUUGCCUAUUCUUGGUUGAAAUGGUCAAUUCCAUGGCAUAUCAUGAACUCCAUUUAGUUACAAAAGAGAUUUGAUAUGGCUCAUGAUUGGCUACUGCUCAAAAAACACAAGUCCAUACCUCCCUUGGGCAUACAGAACUAUUUUUGUGGUUCAUUGGAUCCAAACUAGUAGGUGAUAUAUUAGAAGUACACUAUGAAGUAUAUUUUAAAUUCCAUAGAGAAAACAUAAAAGCAUUUUAAAUGGAAACAUCCAUUCAGAGUUACCAUUCAGGUUUCUAUCCAGUAUAAACUUUUUUUAAAAAGUUGGGAGAUUGCAUUAUUGCUUGUAAUGUUAGAAAAGACCUUAUAAAUUUUAUCAACCCAUAAAAUUAUGCUGAAUUAAUCUAGCUUGCUAGUGACAAUCAGGAAUGCCAUUAAACUUGGUCAUUAAAUGAGUAACCAUAGUGGAACAUAUUAUAUCCAUAUGGCCAAAAUAAUUUGACAAUAAGUAUAAAUAUUAAAAAUAGAUUUUAACAGCGCUUCACAUUUAAUGUAUAAAUAUCCAUGGUUUUGAGUUUUCCUUGCUGUCACUUCAAAUUUUCAUUGUAGUUCAUUAUUUUUUAUUUACAUGUAUUCAAGAACUUGCAUGUGUUAUGAGCCACUGUGAGUUUUUUUGCAGUGGAUAAUACAUCUGAAAAACAUUUGUGUAUACCUUACAAAGCAAGGUUCUUAUAGUGAAAUUUUACAACAUUUACAUUGGGUUGGAUCCAGACAUGCCUAUUCACAAACAGAAGGAACUGGAAUCUAGCAAUGGUGUUGACUUUGCUGACUCCUCCUUCCCUCUGCAGCCCCCAGGAACACCGCCCAUGCUGUUCAGGAGGGUCUCACAACCUUUUUUUCAGAACACACAGGAUGCUGCAGUGGGAAGGAGAAAGUGGUGGAAAGUUGCUGACCAUCACCCUUCUCCAUAACCAGUAUAGGUCUGUUGAGCACAAGUCUGGAUCCAACCCAUUGUUUUUCUAAAAGCUUCAUUAUUUGCAGCUGAACAUUUUUUGUUGUUUUGUUUUGGUAUUUUGCAUUUGUUUCCACAUUCUACUUGGCUGUUGCUUUCUUAAUAAAGAGAUUGUUUAAGCUU